UUCAGCCGCAUUCCAGCCGCUACUCUGAGAAUUUCUCGUGGGCAGCCCCCGACACUGUAAACGGCUCGGCGACUGAAGACAUGGUCCUUCUCCUUUGCCUGUGCAUCUUGCUGUGGGAAGAGGUUCACGGAUGGGGCUACAGGAAUGGAAUCUUUCACAACUCCAUAUGGCUUGAACAAGCUGCGGGCGUGUACCACCGAGAAGGUCGGGCUGGCAGAUACAAGCUCACCUAUUCAGAGGCCAAGACCGUGUGUGAGUUUGAAGGCGGCCGCCUCGCCACCUACAAGCAGCUGGAAGCAGCCAGAAAAAUAGGAUUUCACGUCUGUGCUGCUGGAUGGAUGGCCAAGGGUAGAGUUGGAUACCCCAUCGUGAAGCCCGGGCCCAACUGCGGAUUUGGGAAAACUGGUAUUAUCGAUUAUGGAAUCCGGCUCAACAGAAGUGAGCGAUGGGAUGCCUAUUGCUACAACCCAAAUGCCAAGGAGUGUGGUGGCGUCUUUACAGACCCAAAGCGAAUUUUCAAAUCUCCAGGCUUCCCAAAUGAGUAUGACGACAACCAGGUCUGCUACUGGCACAUUCGACUCAAGUACGGUCAGCGCAUUCACCUGAGCUUUCUGUACUUCGACCUUGAGGAUGAUCCAGGCUGCCUGGCUGACUACGUCGAGAUAUAUGACAGCUACGAUGAUGUCCACGGCUUUGUAGGAAGAUACUGUGGUGAUGAACUUCCAGGAGACAUCAUUAGCACAGGCAACGUCAUGACCUUGAAGUUUCUGAGUGACGCCUCUGUCACAGCUGGAGGUUUCCAGAUUAAAUAUGUCACAGUGGAUCCUGCGUCCAAAUUCAGCCAAGCCAAAAACACAAGUACUCCUGGGAAUAAAAAAUUCUUAGCUGGGAGAUUUAGCCAUCUAUAAAUUUUUUUAAAAAGAUAUUCAAAACAUACAGUAUUUAUGUUUGCAGUCUUUGACUUCCUUUGUUCUCACUUUUGUAUUGUUUUUAUUAUUAACAUGUAUUUAUUACUUUUCCAAAUGUGAAAGCAAUGUGUAAUUGUGGGAAAAAUUGAAGAAAACGCAGAAAACUUCAAAUGAGUAAACAAAAAGAUCUCGUCAUUCUACUACAUAGAAAAAACUAGUGUUAAGAUUUUUUCAGUAAUUGUCAUUCAUUUGUUUUUCUACUUGUAGUAUAUGUAUAUAUGUAACUAUAUGUAUUUUUUUUAAUUUUGGCAUUCUGCAUUAUGUAUUGUUUUAAAACCAGGUAUUUUUAACGUUAACAUUUAUAGCUUGAGCAGUUCCCAAGAUCGCUGAGUUUUCUAUAAAAUGGGACUUUGAGUAGCUGUAAAUAUCCCGUGGUAUGAUUAUUUCCUGCUUUAUUUAAGUCUAUCUAUAUUUGGAUUUUAGGUUGUUUUCAUAAAUAUUGCUGUAAU